AUGACAACUAGACCCGCGUCUCAUGCGGGCUCUUGGUACUCCGGCGAUAUUGGCAGGCUAUCGGCCGAGCUUGAUCAGUAUCUUGCGCAGGUCCCUUUGACCGUGGACUCACAGCCUAUGCCAAUACCGGGCGCGAGAAUCAUCAUUUCUCCCCACGCAGGAUACACGUACUGCGCCGACACUGCUGCCUGGGCAUACAAAGCUCUCGAUCUGACCAAGGCCAAACGCAUCUUCCUCCUCGGUCCGUCGCAUACGCUUCAUCUGCCCGGAUGCGCGCUUACGGGUCAUGCCAAGUACGCCACACCUCUAGGAGACCUAGUCGUUGAUACGGAGACGGUGAACGAGCUGCAGGCGACUGGUAAAUUUGAUACCAUACCUCGACAUACCGAUGAGCAGGAACACAGUCUUGAGCAGCAAUGCCCAUAUAUUUACAAGAUGGUCUCUCUCCACUUCAACGACCCCGCCCAAUAUCCUACUAUUAUCCCCGUUAUGGUCGGCAAUACCUCUGCCGAUCGGGAAAAGGCUUAUGGAAAGCUCUUUGCUCCCUAUCUAGCAGAUCCGACAUCGAUUUUCGUCGUUUCAUCCGACUUUUGCCACUGGGGGGAGAGGUUCCAAUAUACAUAUUAUAUCCCCAACAACCCGACGUCCGAAGUACUGAGGAACGGGGGCGGUUACAGCCUCAGAAAACGCCGAGAUUCCAAUCCGACCGACCCGCCAAUUCACAAAAGUAUUGACAAACUUGAUCGAUCAUCGAUGGAUGCAAUUGAAGGUGGGACACACGAUGAGUUUCUUGACAACCUAAAAAAGACCGAUAACACGGUUUGUGGAAGACAUCCCAUUGGUGUUGUCAUGGCUGCAAUUGAGGAGUUGAAGAAGGCGGGAAAGGUACCAUUCGGCCACGGAGACUUCAAAUUCAUUCAGUACUCGAGGAGCGAUGAUGUGGUUGAUAUUGGCGGGUCAUCAGUCAGCUAUGCCAGUGCUUAUGCUGUUCUCUGA